AUGAAUGGAAAACAAUAUGGCGGGAUGUUUUAGCAAAGCAAAGAGUGGAAAAUGAAUUUGCAAACCCAGACGACAUUAGUUUACUAGAAAUGUCGUGACAGUUAUUUUAUCAACAGUGCAAACGUGCCAAACCGUUACCAAGAUGUGUGAUAUAUGUUCAGAAUUGCUCUUUAUGCUGGAAAGCUACGAAGAAAGAUGUCAAGUUGGUGGCUUCCAGAUGAGCAAGAAGGACAUUAUGUCAUUCGUAAAUUUUGUUUGUGUUUGGCCCCAGAGACAAUGUAUGUGUUGCUUCAAAAAUUCGAAAAACUUCGAAAAACUCAACAAUAUGGUGCAGUUGAUAUUGAGUGUAGCUAUCCGAGUGAUUCAGACAUUGCCUGAAGAUUUCCAGCAAGAACAGCAGCGGCAGAAAGACAAAGAAGCUGCUCAGACUGAGGAGAAAAGUUCAGACUCUAAAGAUAAAGAAGAAAAAGAUUCGGAGAAGGACGGAAAGCAAGAUAAGGAAGAGAAAAGUAUGGACACUGAUGAAGAUGAUGAAUCAGAAGACCCAGAGAAAUGGAGCAUGGAUGAAAAAGAGAAAUUGCUUCAUUCUGUAACCAAAAUCUUUCUGAUGAACUUCCCAUCCUACAUAGCUUACAAACAUGUUGUUCAUCCAUCACGUGAGGACCAUUCACAGCAAGAAAUUAGUGCUUUGAAUAGUUACUGUGAAAUAUCAGAUCCUGAAGUUCCGCUGUUCCUGCUUCAGAAUGUGUGCUAUUUCUGUGAUAGUAAUGGCAUCGGUGCUCUGCGUCAGUGUUUUGAAAAGGGAACCCCCGACACACUGCCUUUUACAUUUGCUCAUAUACUUAUCACCCUUAUCGCAAAUUUACGCUUAUGGAUGAAUAUUCCAACUGUAAUGCAAUAUAUAAUACCGCUGAGGACAGCUGUAAUAAGGUACAUGUGUAAGCUAUCUGACAAGGAUUUGCGGAUGGCAGGCAACCGUAACAUGACUGACCUGAUGUGGGCAGCAGUCAAAGAGCCCCUGGAGGCCCACUUUACCUUUGACAAGGAAGGACUCGACCUAGCCUUCAAGUACUUCACCUGUUCAACCCUUACUAUCAGGUUGGCAGGGAUAGCCCAGAUCAAUAAUCAGAUAAACUUGUACAAUGAGAGUGAAAUGAAUUGA